UCCCUGCCUGCUUGGCCUGCCUAGGCUGCGCGCGCACGCCCUUCCCUUCCACCCUGGGCCUGCCUGCCUCUCUCUCUCUCUCUCUCUCUCUCUCUUCUCUUUUUCUCCACCCAGAAGAAAGAAGGCCCUUGCAAGGCAGAACAGUCAAUAAAGGAAGCAGAAGAUGAAGAGGUGAGCGUCCAGAAUCCAUGUUCCUGGGGAAAAAGGAUGCCAUGUUUUCCCAGAAUAUUUCCCCAAGCAAAAACAGGAAAAUUCUGAUGUCAAAACAUCACAACUGACCUUCACGCCAAAUUGGACUAUGUGAGUGUGCCAGGACGGUGUUAACAUUCAAUAACAGUAAUGCAAGAAAACUUCCUCUAAAGAGAACCAUGAUCCACCUGUCGCGUUGUCCUCUUGGAACUGAUUUGUUCUAACACAGUUCUAACACAGCCUCUGUUCUUUGAGAACAAGAAGAUAAACCCAUAGAAAAUGGGAAUGUUGUGACUCGUACUGGAACGAUUGCCUGUGAAGUUGUUCUUGUCUGUUUCUUCAAUUACGGGAAUAAAUCUAUAGGAAACAGGAAUGUUGUGACUUGUAUGGAAACAAAUCACCCAGGAAUAAUAAACCCAUCAAAACGAGAACAUUGUGACUGAAAAGGAUCGCCCACGAAGCCAAUAUUUGUUUAUUCUUUUUCAAGAACAGGAAUUAUAAAACAAUUGAAAAUGGAAAUCUUGUGACUCACCCUGAAACAAUCGCCUGUGAAGCUGUGAUUCGUCCGUUUCUUCUUCGAUUACGGGCAUAUAAAUCCAUAAAAACGAGAAAGUUGUGACUGUAAAAGAUCGCCUGUGAAGCCGUUAUUUGUGUGUUUCUUCUUCGAUUACAGAAAUACAAAUCCAUAGGAAACAGGAAUGUUGUGACUCAUACGGAAACAGUCAUCCCUGGAAAUAAACCCAUAUAAAAUAUUUUCCUUCUUUAAGAACAUAAGUAUGAACCAAUUGAAAAUGGAAAUGCUUUGACUUGACCUGAAACAAUUGCCCAUGAAGCCGUGCUUCAUUUGUUUCUUCGAUUAGGGGACAGCGAACCCAUAAAAACAGGAAUGUAGUGACUGAAAAGGAUCGCCCACAAAGCCAUUCUCGUCCGUUUCGUCUUCAAGAACAGGAAUUAUAAAUCAAUUGAAAAUGGGAAUGUUGUGACUUGUCCUGAAACGAUUGCCCAUGAAGCUGUGAUUUGUCAAUUUCUUUUAUUACAGAAACACAUACCCGUGACAAAUGGGAAUGAUUGCCUGCUAAGCAUUCGCCCAUCUAUCUGCCAUUCAUCCCCUUGGAGUUAAGGGCGAUCCUUUGGGUGUGUGUUGUGGGUAGGACAUCCACAGGAUUUGCGCCUGGGAACGUCCACGGAGAUGAGAAGGGUGGUACAGGACUGCUAGGACCCUCUGCCUGCUGGUGAUACCAUGGGAUGCCGGCAAAGCUCGGAGGAGAAAGAGGCGGCGCGGCGGUCCCGGCGGAUCGACCGCCACCUGCGCUCGGAGAGCCAGCGACAGCGCCGUGAGAUCAAGCUCCUCCUCCUGGGCACCAGCAACUCUGGGAAGAGCACCAUUGUUAAGCAGAUGAAAAUCAUCCACAGCGGUGGGUUCAACCUGGAGGCCUGCAAGGAGUAUAAGCCGCUCAUCAUCUACAACGCCAUCGACUCGCUCACCCGCAUCAUCCGGGCACUCGCCACCCUCAAGAUUGAGUUCCACAACCCGGACCGGGCCUACGAUGCGGUGCAACUCUUUGCCUUGACGGGCCCUGCUGAGAGCAAAGGGGAGAUCACGCCCGAGCUGCUGGGGGUCAUGAAGCGGCUGUGGGGCGACCCGGGCGUCCAGGAGUGCUUCUGCCGCUCCAACGAGUACCACCUGGAGGACAACGCCGCCUACUACCUGAAUGACCUGGAGCGCAUUGCAGCUGCAGACUACAUCCCGACCGUGGAGGACAUCCUGCGCUCCCGGGACAUGACCACAGGGAUCGUGGAAAACAAGUUCACCUUCAAGGAGCUGACCUUCAAGAUGGUGGACGUGGGCGGGCAGCGCUCCGAGCGGAAGAAGUGGAUCCACUGCUUUGAGGGCGUUACUGCCAUCAUCUUCUGUGUGGAGCUGAGUGGCUAUGACCUGAAGCUUUAUGAGGACAACCAGACGAGUCGCAUGGCCGAGAGCCUCCGCCUCUUCGACUCAAUCUGCAACAACAACUGGUUCAUCAACACCUCACUGAUCCUUUUCCUGAACAAGAAGGACCUGCUGGCGGAGAAGAUCCGCCGGAUCCCGCUGAGCGCCUGCUUCCCAGAGUACAAAGGCCAGAACACCUAUGAGGAGGCCGCCGUCUACAUCCAACGCCAGUUCGAGGACUUGAACCGCAACAAGGAGACCAAGGAGAUCUACUCUCACUUCACCUGCGCCACUGACACCAGUAACAUCCAGUUCGUCUUCGAUGCCGUCACAGACGUCAUCAUCCAGAACAACCUCAAGUACAUUGGGCUUUGCUAAACCAGGUUUGAUCAUUAAUGAGGCCCAAACGAGACGCCCGCCGCAAUGGACCAGCAGCGGGAUAGACCUCUCAAAGGAAACAUUCUAAUUGGGAGGAAAGAAGGAAUGAUCAGUAGUGAACUCACGAUCCUUCCGACGGGGGGGUUGGCUCCCCGCUUCACGCAUGCACUUUUCAUUGUUUUCGUUGUUCAGGGAGGGGAAAUAAUGAAGAUUUGCCUUCGAUUUAAAAAGGGGUUCGAGUUUCUGAACUGAAAAAGAAAACCUGCUACUCUAACGUCGCUGCUGCCUCUCAUCGUCUGUUUAUUUUUCUAAUUUAUUUAUUUAUUAUUUAUUAUUAAUUAAUUGUUGCCCCGUUUUGUGUCUUGUCAGUCUUAACGAGAUUGAAUAUAUUUAAUUCUCAUUUUUUUGUGUCCAAGUGAAAUCAAUUAACGGAACAUGUAGAUUUGUUAAUACAAAAGUUGGAAUAUAUUUAAUUUUUUUUAAUGUCAGCGCAAAAUCAAUUAACGGGAGACUUGGGUCCAUUAAUAAAAGAGAUGGAAUAUAUUUUAUUUAAUUUAAUUAAAUAUAUUCUAUUUUUUUCAUCCAAGCAAAAUCAAUUAACAGGAGGUGUAGGUUCAUUAAUAUAGGAAAUGGGAUAUAUUGAAUUAAAUUUUCUGUGAGCAAAACCAGUUAACGGGAGACUUAAUACAGUAAAUAGAAUAUAUUUAAUUUAAUGUUUUGUGUGUUCAAGUAAAAUCAAUUAAUGGUAGACUUGGGUUCAUUAAUACAAGAGGUGGAAUAUAUGUAAUUUUUGAGAAAAAAUUAUUAAUUGCAUUAAUUAAUACAAGAGGUGGAAUUACUUGUUAUUUUUCUUUGUUGUUACAAAGAACGAAAAACAAAAUAAUGGGAAACUCGGGUUAAAUAAUACCGGGGAAAUUAAGCUUAUUAAUUGUGUUAAUUUGUAUCAGUUGAUACCAAUUAUCAAUAAUAAUGUAUCAAUAAUAGUCUGUGUUUUGCAUAACUUUGAGGUGAACGCCAAGGCUAUGUAUUAAUGGUCUUGUAUUUUUGUUUUUUGCAUCAUUAAUUGAUGGCGAAUAUUCAGAUUAAGUGUUAACGGGAAUCCCAGCAAGCACUAAAUAUGCAGCCAAAAAUUAUAAAUAUAUAUAUGAAUAAAUAGGAAAACAAACAAAUGAAUUGCAUUCCUAAUAUAUAAGGCUAGGCCAAACUCUGAAGAAGUAUUUUAUACAUAUUUUUACAUUCCUUUUAAUUAACUUAUUGUUAAUUUUUUAUUGCCGAAUAAUUGUGCUCUUAACACAAACAAACAAAGUAUAAUAAAUAGAUGUAGGUUGUUUUAAUUUAAGUUUUUUAAAUUAAAAAUCAUGUUGUGUCUGGAAUUUUAAUGAGAGUGCCAUAUAGACGGAUAUAAUGAUAAAACUUAUAAAAGGAAUUAAUGCCUUCCUUUAAAAAAAAAACCCACUGGAUGCCAAUGUGAAACUGUACAAUAUAGCCUUUUAAAGUCUUUUAAUUUUAAUUUCUAUUUCUUAUGAUUUUAUUAUUCUAUUUUAACGUGAUGUAAUUAUUAGGUGAAGAGAUGAGUGAUAUGAACAAUAUUUAAAUGUCUAGAUAUUUAAUUUUUUUUAAGUGGAAUUAAAAGAAGUGGAAGUGACAAGUUACAAUUCUUCCCUCCCCCCAACUUUCUAUAAAAUAAUAUUGGAUGGUAUAUUUAGCAAGCUUACAAUUAUUUUAUUUGAUAUUCUGAGAAAAGUGUUGUGUGAGAUUACGGUUUUUGCGUGGAUCUGCCAUUUUUCACGAGGGUCGCACGACUGUUAUUCUCUGUGCAAAAGACUUCUUUAUCAAAUUAACAAUUAUUAUUUGAAAAUGUGGAAGUCUGAGAAAAUUGAUAACUUUCAUGUGGGUCAUUAAGUUUUCACGUGGCUCGCACGACUAGUACUGUAACAUGAUUCCUCCGUGCAAAAGACUUAAUUUCCUUCCUUUUUAAAAACGGAUCGGUGUAUGCUAAGUGUGUAAAUGUAUGUGCAAAGAACUGUAAACCACAUCAAGGCACUUCCUCCUUUUCACACACACUCGCACUCACACAAACACACAAUGACUUCCUUCCCCUUUCCUCUUGUGUUUCCUGAUUAUAUGAAGAUUGUCAGCCAAGGCCUUUACAGAUUUUAAAUAAACCAUAAUAAAACGGAGAACAAAGGAAA